UAACGUUCUCUCUUGUUUUUGGAUGUAGUUCAGAAUUUCAAUUUUAUAUAAGUAGUUUGUAAAUAUCCUAGAAUCGAUUUGUCAUACCUAUAGAAAAUUCUUUUAAGCUAUGCUCGGAACCAAAUUCUAAUGGAAUUAUGCAAUUUGAUACGGUUUAUAAGGCCUUGUUAAUCUCAAUACAAAUCAGUCGUAAAUGAAGACGUUCGAUAUGAGUUUAGCACCAUUUGAAGAUUUUGAAGCUCUACCGAUUUCCGACAACUAUAGGGCUCCUCCUAGUUGUCCCCCACUCUUCACGUGGCACCCAAUGGCGUACAUGUGUAUACCUAAUGGUUCCAUAGAUAUAAAUAGUUUAUAUCCACCUGAUGGAAAGAUUGGAGGAAAACCUGGAGGAAAACCUGGAGGAAAACCUGGAGGAAAACCUGGAGGGAAACCUGGAGGGAAACCUGGAGGGAAACCUGGAGGAAAACUUGGAGUAAUCCCUGUAGGUAGUUCUGGUGGUAGUUCUGGAGGUAGCUCUGUAGGUGGCCCUUGGGGAAAUGCAUCAGGAAAUCCGGGAGGAAAACCUGGGAAACCUGGAGGUCAACCUGGAGGAAAACUUGUAGUAAUCUCUGGAGGUAGCUCUAAUGGUAGCUCUGGAGGUAGUCCUGGAUUUGGCCCUGGAGGAAACAUAGACGGAAAUACCGGAGGAAAACCUGGAGGAAAACCUGGAGGGACCCCUGGAGGAAAACUUGGAGGAAGUCCUGGAGGUAGUGCUGGUGGUAGUUCUGGAGGAAAACCUGGAGGUCAACCUGGAGGUCAACCUGGAGGGAAACCUGGAGGAAAACUUGAAGUAAUCUCAGGAGGUAGUUCUGGUGGUAGCUCUGGAGGUAGUCCUGGAUUUGGCCCUGGAGGAAACACAGACGGAAAUCCCGGAGGAAAACCGGGAGGAAAACCUGGAGGAAAACUUGGAGGAAGUCCUGGAGGUAGUGCUGGUGGUAGUUUUGGAGGAAAACCUGGAGGUCAACCUGGAGGGAAACCUGGAGGAAAACUUGAAGUAAUCUCAGGAGUUAGUUCUGGUGGUAGCUCUGGAGGUAGUCCUGGAUUUGGCCCUGGAGGAAAAACAGAAGGAAAUCCCGGAGGAAAACCGGGAGGAAAACCUGGAGGGACCCCUGGAGGAAAACUUGGAGGAAGCCCUGGAGGAAAACUUGGAGGAAGCCCUGGAGGAAGUACUGGUGGUAGUUCUGGAGGUAGCUCUGUAGGUGGCCCUUGGGGAAAUACAUCAGGAAAUCCGGGAGGAAAACCUGGGAAACCUGGAGGUCAACCUGGAGGGAAACCUGGAGGAAAACUUGGACUAAUCUCUGGAGGUAGUCCUGGUGGUAGCUCUGGAGGUAGUCCAGGAUUUGGCCCUGAAGGAAAACCUGGAGGAAAACCUGGAGGGACCCCUGGAGGAAAACCUGGAGGAAAACCUGGAGGAAAACCUGUAGGAAAACCUGGAGGAAGCCCUGGAGGAAGUCCUGGAGGUAGUACAGGUGAUAGUUCUGGAGGUAGCUCUGUAGGUGACCCUUGGGGAAAUGCAUCAGGAAAUCCGGGAGGAAAACCUGGGAAACCUGGAGGUCAACCUGGAGGGAAACCUGGAGGAAAACUUGGACUAAUCUCUGGAGGUAGUCCUGGUGGUAGCUCUGGAGGUAGUCCAGGAUUUGGCCCUGAAGGAAACACAGACGGAAAUCCCGGAGGAAAACCUGGAGGAAAACCUGGAGGGACCCCUGGAGGAAAACCUGGAGGAAAACCUGGAGGAAAACCUGGAGGAAAACCUGGAGGAAAACCUGGAGGAAAACCUGUAGGAAAACCUGGAGGAAGCCCUGGAGGAAGUCCUGGAGGUAGUACAGGUGAUAGUUCUGGAGGUAGCUCUGUAGGUGGCCCUUGGGGAAAUGCAUCAGGAAAUCCGGAAGGAAAACCUGGGAAACCUGGGGGUCAACCUGGAGGGAAACCUGGAGGAAAACUUGGAGGAAGUCCUGGAGGAAGUUCUGGUGGUAGUUCUGGAGGUAGUCCCGGACUUGGACCUGGAGAAAUCACUGCAGGAAAUCCCGGAGGAUAUCCAGGGAAACCUGGAGGAAAACUUGGAGGUAGUCCUGAAGGAAAUGCAGCAGGAAAUUCUGGAGGUAAACCUGGAGGAAAACCUGGAGUUAGUCCUGGAGGUAGUUCUGAGGGUGGAUCAGGAGAAAAAUCAGGAGGAACUGAAAAUUUAAAUAUCAACGAUAUUCGAUUGAACCGUAGAGGUAGGAAGUCCUAAUCAUUGAAUAAUGACUAACCGAAAGUUCUACUAAAAUGUGAAUAUGAAAACAUUGGUAAAAAAAAUAUUAUUAAAUUCAUUUAGUAAGAGCUAAAUACCGGUAUACAAAUAAAAAUCACUUUUCUGACUGAA